AUGAAUUCUACUUCAUCUCCUCAUGUGGGUGGCAUCUCUGGCCCCAGUUUCACCAUUACCAACAUCCCAUAUUUUGUCACAGAGGUGCUGACUGCUGUGCUUUCUGUGAUAGGAAACAUUUUGAUUUGCUUGGCUGUGAUAAGAGACAGAAGGCUUCGUACUGUCACCAAUUACUUUCUUCUUUCUUUGGCCAUUGCUGAUAUCCUAGUUGGAGCUGUGGCUGUCCCCUGUGCCAUUCUUCUGGACUUGGGUGUGGCCCGCUGCAGCCUGUACUGCUGCCUUUUCAUGCUAUGUAACCUCAUGACCUUUUCUCUUGCCUCAAUCUUUGGACUACUAGCUGUGGCUGUAGAGCGCUACAUUUCUAUUAUGCUCCCCUUCCACUAUCGUGCCUUUGUCACUCCUCGGACCUCCUUUCUUGUUAUACUUGGUACUUGGUUUCUAGCAGCAAUUACAGGGCUCUUGCCACUGAUGGGCUGGCGGAAACCAUUUCCACUAAACAGCGAAUGCCUCUUUAGCAGCCUCAUCUCUGAAUCAUACAUGGUCUAUCUAAUAUUUUUUGGUUUUGUCAUCCCACCAUUAGCAACCAUGCUUGUUCUCUAUGCUCGUAUUUUCCUGGAAAUUCGGAAACAGAUCCGUCAGAUUGCUGAAUGGCAGGUAGAAAUAAGCAGGAGGAGAAGAAGGCGCCGAAUAGUAGUGAAAGAACUACGUAUGGCCACAUCACUUUUCAUUGUAGUCUUCUGUUUUGUCAUCUGCUGGCUUCCUAUACAUCUUUUAAAUGUGGUGCACCUAUUUUUUCCAAGUUGUGUGGUACCUGAAGACGUAAUCCUUUCUGCUGUUAUUCUUUCCCAUGCCAACUCUGCCCUCAACCCAAUCAUUUAUGUGUUUCGCAUGAGUUCAUUUCGACGGGCUGUGGAGGCCACCUUGUCCUGCCCUUGUGCCACCAAAGCAGUAGCAAGUAGGACAGGUUCCACCCAUGUGAAACCCAUAAAAGAGAACACAGAAGGCAAUGUUAGGAAUGAAUCAUUACCUGGAAAGUGA